AACAUUGCGUUUGAUCGGAGGGUCGUGAUCUAUGUGAAGCCGCAAGGGCCGCCCUCAGGUUUCUCUUUCCGCCCUAACGCCCCUCGCCUCUCCCACCACCGCUCUAUCUGCCUCUCCAGAAGGUUUCGAUCUCAUAGGAAUCCCAUCGCGCUUCUCUCUUCUCUUUACCCUUACCUCGCCGUUUACCCUACAGAUAGAAAAGCUAUUCCAAGGGUUCAAGAAGGGGAUCAUCGAAGGAGACAGGAGAUGCAAGGGGGGGAGGAGGAUGAGGAAGAGGUUCUGCGGUGCCAAAUCAACGAAUGGUACCCCAUGUUCAAGCCUCAUACUAUUCGCACCCUCUUCCACCCCCUCCCCGAUCCCUUCCUCCGCUACCUCCUCGGUCUCAACCCCGUCUCCCCACCUCCCCACGACGACUCCCACAGCGACGACGACGAUGACGCGCCGCCGCCGUUCCUCCUUCCCCGCCCCGCCUCCGGCCGCGACCCCCUUCCUCGCUCCGCCGCCGGCAUCGACCCCACCUCCCUCCUCGACUGCUCCUCCCAGCUCUCCGUAUCCGACGAAGACGAAGCGGAAGCUGACUCCGCCCCGUCGUUUCCCGAGCUCGAGGCGGCGGUCGAGCGGUCCAUUGCCGCCCUGGGCGGCGCCGCCUUCCCCAAGCUGAACUGGAGCGCACCCAAGGACGCCGCCUGGAUCUCUGCCGACGGCACCCUUCGGUGCUCCUCCUUCGCCGACGUCGCCCUCCUCCUCCACUCCUCCGACUCCAUCGCCCACGACCUCUCUUCCCGGCCAUUCCCCUCCUCCUCCUCCCCCCCUUUCACCUUUUACCUUGCCCUCCGCAAGUGGUAUCCUUCCUUCCGCCCCGAGAUGGAGUUCCGCUGCUUCGCCCGCCGCCGCUGCCUCAUAGCCAUAUCACAGCGCGAAGUCACCAACUUCUACCCGGCCCUUCUCGACCGCCGCCACCACCACAUCCUGCCCCUCAUCCAGGCCUUCUUCUCCGAGGUCGUGGGUCCCACGUUCGAGUCUGAGAGCUACACCUUCGACGUUUAUGUCACCAGUGACGGGCGGGUGAAGCUUAUCGACUUCAACCCAUGGCGCGCCUUCACAUUACCCCUUCUCUUUACCUGGGAGGAGUUGGAGGAGGAAGCAUUUAAUUCCGAGGAGGAAGAAGUAGACAAAGUGCAGGUAGAAGAAGAAGCAAGAUUGGUGGAGUUUCGGAUUGUCGAAAGCCAAUGUGGGGUGAGGCCAGGGUUGAAGACGGCUGUGCCUUACGACUACUUGGACACAGGGGAAGGAAGUGGGUGGGAUCAGUUCUUGAGGAGAGCCGACGAAGAGCUGAGGAAGCAGGCCAAGACAACUUUGCACCCCAGUGAUGAUGCUUAAAGAAAAACAAAAGAUCUUUCAACUUGAUUUCUUAUGGAUUUCUAACCAGGGUGCGAAAUUAUGGGGGCUGGCUCUAUUGAACUUUAUACCGGGCAAAGUCUGAGGACAGAUGUCAUGAGGAAUCAGUUGCCAACAAGCCGUUAACUACAUAUGUAGUUUUUUUUGUCGACCUGUGCCCUUGUUAAUCUUUAAGCAAACAAUUGUGCUGUGUUUUGGUUAAUCUAGACCCGCUAGUGUUACUUAUACUCGAGUUUAGUUUGCUUCAAACUUCUUUGGUGAAUGAUACAAAUUAACUGGAAGCUUUUCCAUGUAUGAUUUAUGUGCACUGCUGGAAUUGUUUUCAAUGUUUAGAAUAGCCCGUGGAUUGCUAUGUAAAUUUCUAAAUAAAAAGAAGACUCAUAUGUUGACACA